AAGCCUCACUCGAGAACACAAACCCGACGCUUUGUUUACCUAAACGUUUGUUGUGUAAGAACUUAGUUGCAUAUAUUCAAAGCACCAUGUCUUUAGCAGACGAACUUCUCAAUGACUUCGACGAUGGCGAGGAAGAGGAAUUACUGGUUAACGAGUUGCAAGCGAGGGGGAUGGACUACAGCAGCAAUGGGGUGAAAGAGAGCAUCGCAGAGACGACCAACGACACCAAUGGGGAAAGCGAGUUCAAGGUGCCCCUUCCUGUCGAUGGCCCUGUGCCCAAGGCAGGUUUGCAGUCCGUGAGGCAAGUGGCGUUGUUAUGGGAUUCAGAUAAACUUAAGAACAUUAAAGAUCGUAUCGAUAAAUACGCCAUAACGCCCAGGAAGGCCGAAGAGCUGCAGGGGCCUGUUGAGGCAGACCCCGAGUACAUGUUGAUCGUUGACGCCAACAACAUCAACGUCGACAUCGACGACGAAAUCAACACCAUUCACAAGUUCGUGAAGGAAAAAUAUGCCAAAAGAUUCCCGGAACUGGAAUCUUUGGUCGUGAACCCCCUGGAAUACUUGAAUGCCGUGAGGGAGCUGGGCAACGACGUCGACAAAAUCAAGAACAGCGAAGCCCUGGCGCAGAUCUUGACGCAGGCCACCAUCAUGGUUGUCAGUGUCACUGCCUCCACCACCCAGGGCACUCUGCUGACCAAGGAGGAGCUUAAUGCCAUUGAAGAAGCGUGCAAGAUGGCUCAAGAUCUGAAUGCGUUCAAGAUUAGGAUACUGGAUUACGUCGAAAGUCGAAUGAACUUCAUCGCACCUAGCAUAUCGUGCAUUGUCGGGGCGUCAACUGCUGCAAAAUUGAUGGGAGCUGCUGGCGGGUUGACAAAUUUGGCCAAACUGCCAGCCAGUAAUGUGUUGCUUAUUGGUAAGCAGAAAAAGACUAUGAUUGGGAUGGCACAAACUUCAAUGCUGCCCCAUGCGGGUUACAUUUAUUAUUCGGAUAUCGUACAGGAGGCUCCAGUUGAUCUUCGAGCAAAAGUUGCCAGGAUAGUGGCCGCCAAAACCACCCUCGCUGCACGAAUAGACAGCAUGCACGGCAGUCCGAAUGGAACUCAAGGUAUUCGACUGAGAGAGGAAGUAGAAAAGAAGCUUGACAAACUUCAGGAACCUCCACCUGUCAAAUCGGUAAAACCUUUACCGCCUCCCAUAGACGCACCCGGGAAGAAGAGAGGAGGACGACGCGUACGAAAGAUGAAGGAGAGGAUGGCUGUAACAGAUCUAAGGAAAGCACAGAAUAGAAUGAACUUUGGUGAAAUUGAAGAGGAUGCAUAUCAGGAUGACUUGGGAUAUACAAGAGGGCAGCUGGGCAAAGGUGGUGCUGGCCGCAUUCGGAAAGUAACAGUAGAUGAAAAGACAAGAGUUAGGUUGUCAAAAACCCUACAGAAAGAGGUUCAGCGGCAGAGUUCCCUGGGGGGUCAAACAACAGUGCGAAGACAGGUUGCUGGUACAGCAUCCAGUGUUGCUUUUACCCCACUUCAAGGGUUAGAAAUUGUUAAUCCUCAAGCAGCAGAAAAUAACAGUCAAGGACAAGGCAAUAAGUAUUUCUCCAAUAUUCUUGGAUUCAAAAAUGUUAGCAAGUAAGGACUCACAGUUCAGUCCGUUAUCUGUAUAACCUGCUUGAUUUUUUUGUACAUUACAAUGGUUAUUAUUAUUUAAUCCAUAGAAAGCUCAUUGCAAUACUAGUAUAUAUUGUGAUACACAGUAGUAUUGAUUUUUCCAUUCUGUUCAUAGGAUAAAACUGUUUGUAAAGUGAUCCAGAUUUUUCAGAUGUUUAAGCAAACUUUGUCAUUUAUAAUAACAUACAGUACUGUAAUAUAUACUGUACGUACAUGUUUUAAGAAUUCCUGAGAUAUAACAUUAUUUUUUUGUAAUU